AUGAAAUUACAUUCAAGUUUAAUUAUAUUGAAAUUUGCAAUACUAAGUUUAACAUGCAUUCAAUUAACCAGUGCAGUAACAAUGGAACAGUUUGAUCAAUCAUUGGAUAUGAUGCGAAAUGGCUGUGCUCCAAAAUUUAAAGUUAGCCUAGAUCAAUUAGAUAAGUUGCGGAAUGGAUUCUUUGAUGAAAGUAGUUCAGAACUUAAGUGUUAUACAAAGUGUGUUGCACAACUGGCAGGCACGGUCACAAAAAAGGGUGAUUUUAGUAUAAAGAAAGCCAUCGCACAAAUACCCAUCAUAUUGCCUCCAGAAAUUCAGGAAACCGCAAAGGCAGCUCUAGCAUCAUGUGAGGAUAUACAAAAGGACUAUAAGGAAUCAUGCGAACGUGUAUUCUAUGUUACUAAAUGUGUACGGGAUUUUGCACCAGAAAUCUUUAAAUUUCCAUAA